CUAAAUAAGAGAUAUUUUGGUAACCCACUUAAAAAAUGUUUUUGGUAGCUCUAUAUGUAAAAAAUUUGAAUUAUCAUUUUGGUUUAUCGAAAUCUUUGAAACCAAGCAAACACAGGACUUUGAUUUUUUUUUUCAACUACAGUAAAAACAAAAUAAAUUCAGUUUAUCAAAGUAAAAAUAAUGGAAAGUUUUGAUACUAAAGUAAAAAAAAUGGAAAUUCAUAGACAAACCAACCAUUGGUUUUCAUCUCGUUAGGACUUGUAACAAGAGCGGAAGGGAAUACAAAAACCGACAUCCUGUCUGUUUUAUUCUCUAUAUAUAAAUCUUUGUUCUUUCUUGGAUAAGAAGUAUAAUAGAUACAGAUGUAUGAUCAGCUGCUAUAUUCUGCUUUGAUCCCGUCAAUGUCGUCCCCGGAAAAGAGAACUAGUAAGAAGAAGAAGAAGGAGCCGUCGCCGAAUCCGUCACUCCCGGAUGAUUUCCUAUUGAGCUGCUUCGCCCGCAUCUCAACGUUGUACUAUCCAUCUCUCUCCCUCGUCUCCAAAAGCUUUCGAUCUCUCCUUACUUCACCGGAGCUUUACAAGGUACGUUCACUCUCGGACCACACAGAAUGUUGUCUUUACGUGUGCAUACAAUUCUUUUCCGACCUGGGUCCUACCUGGUACACCCUAUGCCGGAAACCUGACCAAACCAAGUCAUCAUCAUCAUCAAGUGAGUAUGUUUUGGCUAAAGUCCCAAUACUAAAUUCUCCUCGUGCGUCCUUUACAGGUCUCGUGUCGGUUGGUCCUAAUAUCUACAACAUUAAUAGCGGACCGGUCUCGAUACUAAAUUGCCGGUCUCACACAUGGAGCGAGGGUCCAAGCAUGCGUGAUGAUCUCUAUUCACUUUCUGCUAGCGUCGUUGAUGAAAAGAUAUAUGUAAUAGGUCGUUCGAGAGAUUGCAAGAACUCGUUACAUAAAAGCCCUUUAAAAAAAAAAAAAAGAAGCAGAAGUCGUUACACGUGUUCGACACAGAAACUCAAACUUGGGAUCCUGUAACCAUUGGACUAAAAGACGGAUUCUACAACGAAUCUAUUGACGGAAAGUUCCUCGUAGUGGCGAGUAACAAAGAGGUGGUUAUUUACGAUUUUAAGAAAGUUAGAUGGGACGUGGUCAGAAUCAGAUCAAGGGAUGGAUUGAUCUGCUUACUGCGAAAUAGACAACGUCCUGUACUCUGCUUGGGGGGGGGGGGGGAGAGAUAGUUCAGAUGGUACGACGCGAAGGCAUAUAUAGGAAGGUGGAGAGAGUUGGAGGGGUUGGUAGGACUUCCCGAGCUCACUAGUGAAUCAAGUGUUAGAUUGGCUGAUCAUGGAGGAAAGAUGGCGGUUUUGGUGAGCCAAAACCUGUCUUUUUAUAGUCGUUUCUCGCAUAAGAAGGUGAUUUGGUGUGGGGAGAUUUCACUUGAAAGGCGCAACGGUGGUUGUGAAAUUUGGGGAAAAGUUGAGUGGUUUGAUCAUGUGCUUACGGUCCCUGCAGGAUGUCAUGUAGUGAAGGUUCUUGGUGUUACUGUGUGAUGACUGAUGACUGAACUUUUGUGAACGUGUG